CAUAUCUCAAAUCCAUCUGGCAACAUGCCCAAACCGAACCUAGUGGUGUGUGGUGCUGACUGCUGAGCGUUACUUACAACGUGCUUUCAACGGUGCCUUCUAAUCGAUGACAUUCACUGUGCAAUUUCCAAUGACAGUCCACUGUUCUUGACGGUACCACAUCGGAGAACAAGAUGAACUCCGUGAGAAAAUUUCUACCACUUUACAAAAACGUGCAGAGCAAGUGGACGUCCUCGCUGUGGGUAUGUUAUCGACGCCAAAGCCUACCCAGUCUGAGCACAUGGAGUUCGGAAAACGAAGGCGAACACAGCCGGUGGAGAAACGUCGCAAUACUCGCGUCUGUAGGUUUGGCCGGUGCCGCGUACUGGGAGUUCAAAAAGUUCCGUCUGCAUGCCAAGGAAGUGCCCAAGACAAGCGCCGACAAAGACGCUGAAGGCCUUCCAACUUACUCUGCACAAGACGUCGUCACUCACGACAACAAGGAGAAGCGCAUCUGGGUUACUUACGGACAUGGCGUGUAUGACAUCACCGACUUUGUGGACGAGCACCCGGGUGGCGAUAAAAUCCUGCUCGGAGCCGGAGGUGCAGUAGAGCCUUUCUGGAACCUCUACGGCGUACAUAACUCUCCGGAGAUCCUGGCACUUCUCGAAACAUUUCGCAUUGGCAACCUCAAGUUGGCGGACGUUGGGGAAGCGAUGAAAGGCACAGCAGAUCCGUACGCGACAGAUCCAAAGAGACAUCCGGCACUCAAGCCAGCUUCCAUGAGGCCGUUCAAUGCAGAACCUCCAAUCAGCAUACUCACAGACAGCUACAUCACACCCGUGGAGUUCUUCUAUGUCAGGAACCACCUCCCAGUUCCAGAAAUUAACCCUGCCGAAUACGAACUGGAGAUUGCAGGACUGGAUGGCAAAGAGCACACCCUUACCCUCGAUGAUCUCAAGACCAAGUUCCCCAAGGUGACCGUGACGUCCGUCGUGCAGUGUGCCGGAAACCGUCGAUCUGAACUGAACAAGGUGAAGAAGGUGAAAGGGCUGGAUUGGGGCGCCUGCGCUAUCGGAAAUGCCACCUGGUCGGGAGCACGUCUAGUCGACGUGUUGAAACACUUCAACUUCAACCUGGACGAUCCUCGCAUUCAGCAUGUCGUCCUCGACGGCCUGGACCUCGAUCCAACGGGGGUCUCCUACGGAGCUUCCAUACUUGCCGACAAGGCUCUCGAUCCGAAAGGGGACGUCAUCUUGGCGUACGAGAUGAACGGAGAAGAACUGCCCCGCGAUCACGGCUAUCCUGUCCGAGCCAUCGUGCCGGGAAUCGUCGGAGCACGGAACGUCAAGUGGCUGGGUCGCAUCACUCUCAGUGAAGUCGAGAGUAACAGCCACUGGCAGAAGGGAGACUACAAAGGCUUCUGCCCAUCUGUGGAUUGGGAUACGGUGGACUUUGACAGUGCCCCGGCGAUCGAGGAGCUGCCCGUGACAUCUGCAGUGUGCUAUCCCUCAGACGGAUCGACGGUCCGGGGACAGACGAUCCAAGUCAAGGGCUACGCAUGGAGCGGAGGAGGGCGCAAGAUAGUGCGCGUCGACAUUUCAGCAGACGGGGGUCGAACGUGGAAGGCGGCAAAGUUGAAGAGCGAAGAUACGUCGCUGACGCGAGCGUGGGCCUGGACUCUGUGGGAAAUCGAUGUUCCCAUCCCAGAAGGAGCGGAGAAGCUGGAGAUUGUGAGCAAAGCUGUCGACUCCUCCUACAACACGCAGCCGGACACGACUGAAAACAUCUGGAACCUCCGAGGCGUUCUCAACAAUGCUUGGCACAGAGUGACGUACAAGGUGGCACAACACUGAUUUCUUUUUCUUUUUUUUGUAAAGCUGUUUCCUUUCUCCAAAGAUUUAUUUACUCGACACGUGGAAUGUGGACAUAUAUUUUUAUAUCUUGUUGAGGUUGUUUUAUAAAAUUGUUGACACUCACGUUUUGUAUGCACAAAUUUACCGGGCAGCAUGGUGACACUAUUAAAAGAUGCAUCGUGAGUACUUGGA